GAUGCCAGUCAAAUGACAAAGAUCAAGUUCAACUUCAAGUUGAUCUUCAACAACAGAUGUUGCCUUACAAUUAUCACUAAAACGCAGCCAUUCUAAUUUUGUACAUUCUGAACAUCUGGAUUAUAGUACCAAGUCGCAGAAGAUCUUCUUCGUAGACUUUUCUCAUCUUCGACAACACUUUACUUGAAUCCUUUUCACCUCUGCCGCCUUUUUUUGUAUUUCACUUUCACUGCACGCCACCUCCGAUUCGACCUUUUGCUUGUAACGAUUAGAACAAACUGAAACAAGAACAUAGCUUCCGUCAUAAUAAAAUGUUCUGCCGACGUUGCCUUCGCCUUUCAUUCUCGUUGCCUGCUAAGCGUGGCUGGCGAGCUGCGGCAGGAAUCUUCAUCAGUUGCUGCACCGGUGUGAUUCUCUUCAGCGAAGCGGGACUUGUGCGCGUCGCUGGGUCUCGCUCUGUCGUGAAAGAUGCCUACGAUGCCGAGCACGUUGUCUGGGAAUUUACCGAAGGGAACUGGAGACGUGCGGUGGCGGCCCGGGGACCGACCGUGUUUUUUACUCACGAUUAUGCUUCUGAGGGCUCCUCCUCUGAUGUACGAAGCAGGGGUGACGAUGUAGCUUAUUCGGGAAGAAGUUGUAGACCACUCGUUUCCAGUGUAGUUGGCUCCACUAGUCGAGGCUCGGGGCUUGGGUCGUCGUCGGCUCCUUCGCAUUUUUCGUAUUCAUCGAGCAGCGACGAUGAUGACGAAGACCAAGACGGCCCCUGCCAGCAGUUGUCUGGAGGUCUACUUUGGAGCUCUCCUACUCCGGGUCGUGGAGAUGAAGGGCGUGCACUCGUCGCAAAAACUAUCCACGACGACGUCGACGAAAAACGGGGAAGUCCUAGUCCUCCCUGGAUUGAGGAACCGAGUUCAACAUCUUCGUCGAGGGCACAAAGGCCGAUUAUAUCAGUCGAUCUUAAUCCUAUUCCGCGCGGCGGGGAAGGUUAUGACCCCUCUACUACCGAAGUGGAACAGUCAACGCUUACUAACUCCCUGGCGGCCCGCGACGCUGCGCCGCUGGACAACGACACCGUCGUGGAGGUGGUGAUUGAGGACACAAGGGAACGAAGAACAGCUGCGCCUUCUGGGUUGAAGAUGUCCUCAAACAAGAAGGUGCUCACAGGGCAAAAGUCACAAGAACCGCUUGGGACGACGACGAGGAGAGCUAGGAAGUACCCGCAUCUGCUAAUUAAACUCAAGGACCUGGUGAACAUGGAUGCGUUUCAGCUGUACCAACGGCAUCUGCUGUGGCGGAAAGUUGUCGCAGGAGAAGAUCUCCCUAAGAACUUCGAAGCAGACCCCUGGAACUGGCAUCUGCAAGCGGAAGUAGACGCAGUAAAUAAACGUCGACCCGGAGGAAAGCGGGAAAGUGGUAAAACGUCGACCCGGAGGAAAGUAGUAAAACGUGGUCGAGCGGAAGUAAAAGUAGUAAAACGUAAACUUCUAAAAACGUCGACCCGGAGGAAAUUUUCCCCCGCGAAGGAGAAAAUUAUCGGCACCUCCCCCGAACAAGACCCGGAGCUGCAGCCUCCUGUCGUGAUAAAAAUUCAGCCGCAUGAGAAGCUCAGUACGGUUCUUCUGGAGGACGUUGCUUUGCACGACCUUCAGGUUCGUGACGGUGGUCGAAUAUGUGAAGAAAAAACAUUGUUGUAGGUGUAACUUCUUUGGAUUUGGCGGAACAGCAUAAUUACAGCAAAAUAAACCUGUCAUGCGCAGAUCAUAGCACGUGAAAAGGCACUUGAAUGCUGGGACCUGUCAUGCAUGUCCAGCAUGACAGAGGCAAUCAUCUUGCAUGUUGCGCAUCACGACAAAGUUACACCUACGUGCUUUUUUUGUUCAAUAUCGGACAAUCGAGGAACAACGAAUCGAGGAACGACUGAAGCCGGCAUACGCGUUGCAACUAUCGAUCUACUGGGUCUGGAAAGAUGCCAGGUUAUUUGUCAUGCAUAUUUUCCAUGACAUUGACCCAUGAUGUCUGUGAUGCAUGCCCUAGUACUAGCAUCAUCACAGAUUCUGCGAGGUGGGCUUUCUGAUGCUCAUACCGCAUGAGAAAUGCCCUCUCCGCGACGUAUAAAAAACUGGACCUCUUUUGCUAUCUAUGCAAUACAGAUUUUAUGUACCGUCCAAAGGUAGCACGACCACAAGUUGUAUCCUUCCAGACCUAAAUAACAUAUUUGCACUGAAUACAAAUUCUUCAUCGCACCUGUCCAGGACGAUCGGCCAGUAUGUAGACGUGGUCCACGCACAACUUGCUCUAGAGAGGCUGAAACACGAUCCCACCCCGGACGAAAAACACAACAAGCAGGCGGCGCAAAUGUGGGAGAGGUUGCGGCCUCUCUUGCGGGCACAGCAGAUGCGGAAUUUUUACAAAAAUUAUUCCGAAGAUCUCGAUGUAGUAUUCAAUACUACAUACUCCAGUGUCCGUGCUCGUGACUUUUACCUCCGUCUGAAUUUCGCGCUGGUUUCGAACACGACCAAACAGGCAGGAGAGCAAGGAAAGGAGCCAGCUGUGAAGAAAGUCAUAAAGUACGAAAAAGUGCAAGAUUUUACCAAAGCGCUGCAGGAGUUCGAGAACUACUUCUACCAAGAAUUUUUUCAACCUCCGGCGGAGAAGGAUACAAUUACAAUGGGAAGCUCAACAUCGUCCUCUGUGCAGGGGCAGGGGGAGGAUUCUCAACAUUUUACUGGGAGGAAAAAUCCCCCCUCCCCAUAUGGAAAGCGGAAUUUGUGUUGCUGUAUUUGAGUACACAAAUCACAUCUGUCUUGCUAGAGAGGACUGCAGACCCAUAUCAAGCCUGAGCAGAGAUGCUUUGACUUAGGCGCUUAGCAUGAGAAGCGUCCGUGAUGUUGGCACAACAGCAUGACAAACCGCCUCCAUAAUGGGACGGAAGCUGCUGCCCUUGUCUUCUUGCAACACAGACGUGAUUUGUGACCUCAAAUCAGCAACACAAAUUUUCGAAAACCUACCUCUUCAAUAUGGGGAGGGGGGAUUUUUCCUUGCGAUACAUUUAUUUCAUGUCCGCGCCAUGACCACGAGCAGGUCCUCUGCUAUUUAUCGCAAGAAAAAACUGUUUCACUGUGAACUUGUGAUGCAGAAAAUGGAUCGCAGAAGCGUGUGUCAUGCUACACAUGCAAGACAAUGGAUCUCUAGCUGUGUUUUCCCGUAGGAGCCCCGCAUGACAGAUUUUCAGUGUCAUGCGUAACAAAUUUGUGAUGCAGAUUUUGCAAAAUCACCACAGUGAAACAGUUUUUUCGUGGGAUACUAUUUCAUCCAGCUGUACUAUCAGUUCUCUUUUCCGUGGUGCGCGGCCAACAAGUUGUAGCGAGGAAGAAGAUAUCAAAUGCAAAAGUGUCUGGGUCUGGAAGAUUCGGGGAGUUUGUCAUGCACAAUUGUACAUGACCCAAGAUGCCUGUGAUGCAUGCCGUAGCAUCACAGUUCUCGCAAAGCCUUGGUAAUGCCUAUUCUGCAUGAGAAAUGCCCUUUCCGGGUGGCACAAAUUCAAGCAGCUUUUGCUGCUCAUGCAAUACAGAUUUUUCUAUCGUCGACAGGUAGCAUCACAAAUCCCAUUCUUUCCAGACCCGGACAUUUUUGCAAUCCAUAGAAGAGAAGAAGCGGUCGUAUUGGGCCCGCUGGAUCGAAACCCUGCGAACGGGGAGGGAUCUAUCCUGUGCAAAAGUAUCGUACUCGUAGUAAUUAUCGCAGUCAUGCACUACAAAUAUUUCUCUUAAGGUAAUAAAUCAGCAUUACAAAUUUUCUUUCUCAUGCUGAGGAAACUUGUAGUGCAUUUAUACGAGUACGAUACUUUUGCAGUUCAUAGGAUCCCGAGUUAUACAAUAUGAAUAUAUCUGAUGUCAGCAGGAGGUGGUUGUCAAAAAUUUUCAGCCCCGGCGAAGAUGAAAACAAGUUUCCAGCUCCGCCGAGCGGGCCGGGAGAGCUGGAGCGAAUUUUGUUGGACAAAGCCAAAUAUGUCCCGCCGGAAUAUGCGACAGUCGCCUAUUACAAACGCUCACCUCUGACGGACCAGAGCAAACCCUUACCUCGGACGGACCCCGAACGCGCGGAAAAGCUGCGUAAGAAUCUGCAAGAGCUGAUGAAAAAGUUCGACUUCACUGGCAUGGUGACGGAGCGGCUGCUGCACGCAGAGGUGAUAAAGGAGGCGGAGAGCAGAUCAAGUGGAAGAAAAAGCGUCGGGAAGGAGGUUCCAAUUUACGCACCACAGGCGAAAGUAUCCGUGCUUGACCUUGGCUCGGCGGCCGCACGAUAUUUGCGGCGGCACGGGGAAGACAUACCGCCGUGGGCGGUGUCUUCGAAAUUCAGUUUGUUAAGCUUUGACCUCGACGACGCACGGUGUAAAACUGCAGAGGAAAAAAAAGAAGAAUUUGAGAAAAAAAAGAAGGAAGAAAUAGAAGCCCGCGAAGCGAGAGAAGCGCGACGUCCGGCGGAUGGAAAAAUGCUACAACGCUGCCUCAACCCGGGCAGCGGAAGGAGCGGAAGAAGUGCCUGUAGUUCCACAGAAGCAGGUGAAAAAUCCUUCGACCUGCAAAGCUUGCGCAACGGGAAGAUGUAUGGCCUCGACAAAGAGUUAGUUGCCGGAGAAAACCUGUAUUUCAACGUGGUAUCCCGUGUCGUGCUGCGGAAAUUUUUGAAGAGUGUGGACCUGCAAGACCCGGACCACACGCGGACGUUCUACGGCGCAGCAGCAUUGGAAGAAAACAAAACGCCGGGCCGCGGCGCUAACCCUCCGCGAAGAAUUGUCAUGACGAACGGCGACAGGUUGUCGUCACUAACAGACGAUACCUUGGUUCUGCAGUUCAUUUGGAAGACACGGUAUGUCAAGCCCAGCGAGGCUAUCAAAUGCAAAAAUGUCUGGGUCUGGAUGAAUGGAAGGUUUGUCAUGCAUAUUUUGCAUGACCCAUGAUGUCUGUGAUGCAUGCUCUAGCAUCACGCAUUUUUAGAGGCCUUCCUGAUGCCUAUCCGUCAUGACAAAUACCCUCCCCGCGUAGCACAAACUGGGCUCCUCUUGCUCGUCAUGCAAUACAGAUUUUUUUAGAAUCCAAAGUUAGCAUCACAAGUUCCAAACUUCCAGACCCAGACAUAUUUGCAAUGCAUAGAGGCUCUACGAGAGCAGAGUGACGAGUUGCAGCAGGAGGCGGUCGACGAAGGAGUGACAUUUUUUGACGCUUCUCCCUUUCGCACAAAAGCGCCACGGGCGACGCUGGAGAGGGUGUCUUUUCACGUCCGGCUUUUUUACAACACUGUCUCGAAUACCUUCUCGCAGGUACGGAUUCACGCCUAUCCGACCGAUCAGUACGGAAACACCUACAAGUGGGGGAACAGAACUGAGAAAGAGGAAGCGAGGUGGGACGGCACUAACGAGGGAGUUGGCCUCCUGCUGAAAUAAAGGUUUAUUUUAAUCACAAACACUGCAUUUUUCACCAUCGCUUUCUCUUUCACCUUUAUCGAAGAUUUCGUCUUGGUUGACCACCACUUAUAAAAAGAAUUUUCUAGAGGACUGUAGCUGUACCUGUACCUACGUACGAAAGAAAGGUGAUGAUGUGUGCAGUGUCUGUGCGUGCAUUAGCACAAAAUAUCGGAUAUUUUUGUAUGAUCAUGAUGGGUGCAAGUGCAUGGUGCACGGUGCACCAGCAUCGACUACUACGCGAGCUCUUCCCACCGGUUCUUUGGGACGCCAAAACGAAUCGGAGAAAGGAAAGGGACUUGAUAUUACCGCGAAAAGGUUUUCUGCGGUUUUGAUAAAGAUAAAGAGCAAGCGCUUCAAACGUAGUUUCGCGCUGGAUUUUUAGGAAGAUUGAACCCGAGGAAAAGAAGAAGAGAAACUUCGCUGCAGUGCGAGGAAAAU